GCUUGUCUCCUUUACACCUCUUUCUUGCAUCUUGCAUACACCCAUCGUACACGAGCCAGGGCGGCUGCACACGCCCUAUAAUUCGACGCACGCGUUCUCCGCAUGGCGACCGCCCUCAUCCGCAACCCGCUAGCCACACGACCUCAGCCCCACAACACCGGCAUGUCCAUCUCCCCAUGCCGGACCGCGCUGAGGAAGUCUUCGGCCUUCAAGAGGCCACUCUCACCAGAGCCUGCCGCCGAGCUGGCCGACCACAGCUCGAAACGAGCCAGGACGACUGCCCAGGCGGCGGUGGUGGAGCAAUCGCCCACCCCGGCCCUGUCGCGUGCAGAGGCGAAGAAGGAGAAGGAGCGUAGACGAGAGAAGGACAGGCUGGCCCGUGAAGAAGAGUUCAGAAUCAAGUACACGCGUGCGUUCCCGAGCUGGGUCUUUUAUUUCGACCUCGACACCGGCAACCCCGAGAUCGCGGCGACAAAGGCGCACCUGGAGAAGCGGGUUGCGUAUAUGGGUGCUCGCAUUGAUGACUUCUUCUCGAAAGACAUCACGCACUUCAUCACCCUCCACGACGUAGACGAUAAGGAGAACGCGGAGAAGGCUGCGGCUAAGGGAGCAGCGCAACCCUCCGGAUUGCUUGGUAGUCCGAUCAGGCUUCGGGGCCGGGCAAUGGCCGGCACUAAGACCGCCGCGUCUCUCGUGCAGAAGGCAAGAUCGUUCAACAUGAAGCUCUGGUCCGCAGAGAAGCUCGGCAACAUCCUCGACCGCUGUCAGGCUCCUCGUGUAUCGUCCACCACAGGCUCCCUGCCCGCACGUGCACAACAGGUGUCCAAGGAUCGUAAUCUCGCUCGCCUGCUUGAAACGGAACGACUGCACGGCACCACGGAACGCGAUCCGAAACAGCCUCGCCACGACUAUAUCUAUUUCUCAAAAGAGAGCUACUUUGUCCUUGUUGAGGAUCUCCGACAAGAACUCGCCACGAUCGCUGCCGCCGAGUACCCAAUCACGAAGAACAGGGACGGGAGCGAGCGUGGCGCGUGGCCUGUCCCCCACUGCCAUCCAUUGUCUCGCGGGCCGUUCUUGCAGUACGACGAGCGCGAAGAGCGCCGCCGACAGAAAGCGGAGAAGGCCGAGCAAGACCGCAAGGCGGAGAAGGCACGACGUAAAGCACGGCUGCAGCAGAGCGAACGCAAGCGUCGGGCGCAGGCACACGCGCGUAUACAAGCGGCGCAACAGCAGCACGAUCUUCGCCGGACCGCCUCGAUGAACAACAUGCAACGUCGCGCGACGUUCCCCGCGCCCAGCAUGGAAGGCGGCUUGGUUGACCUCGACGCCGACUACGGCGAAGGCGACCAGAUGGAAUCGGCAAACGCAUCUGGAUACCUUGCUUCCGCUGCGUACAUGGCUGCUUCUGGGAACAGCGUUGGCAUCACGUCUACGACCGGGACGACCUCCACUGCUGGCGCCCCCUUCCGCACGUUACAGCUUCCUCCGGCGCUGAAGGAGAAGCUGCAGCAGCAGGUGACGACAUCCCGUCGUGCGUCCAUCGCGGCCUCCAAUCUGCAACGAGAUAACAAGGAGAACGUGAUGGGCCCGCCAACGACGAUCCCGGAGCGCGCGAAGUUUCUGCGUAAGAGCAAGAGCACGAACACGCUCAAGCUCCCGAAGCGCGACGAGGCCACCAAGCCGGGCUACUGCGAGUGCUGCCGGGUCAAGUUCGAGGACUUCAGAAACCACGUCGUGAGCAGGAAACACCGAAAGUACGCAGGGGACGACGCGCACUUCGAGGGGCUCGAUCGCGUGCUCGCGCGCGUCCGCCGCCGGACGGUGCAGGAGGUCGAGGAGGAGAACGCGCGCUUCAUCGAGGAGGCCCAGGCGCUGGCGCUGGCGAUGCCGUCGAGCGAGGGCGAGGACUCCGAGGCGCUCAUGCAGCAGGUCGGCGACGCCGCCUUCGGGGACGACCUCAAGUGGGACGACUGGGUCGACGCCGGGAACUGCGCCAUCGAGGUCUGAGGUUUCGACCCCCCGCCUCUCCCGCCCUCGGGCGAACUGAAGCCUGCGCCGGUCGCCUGGCCGCCCAUGCGUGGCGGGCAGGAGACCGGGACUGGCGACGAACACUUGCAAAGCUUAUCACGCUCCGUUACGUUUCUUCUCACUUGGAUUCGCGCGCUCUCGCUACCGCACACAACACUGUACAAUACCAUAUGACAUAUCGCC